CUCUAGCAGCCACGCAACAUACAUGUCAGGGGCUUUUAUUUUGAAAGGUGGGGACAGGAAGGUUUACAGGAGGUUUCCUGUAGGGGUCGGGCAGUGACAGACUGCUGUUAGAAGACACAUUACAACAAAGGGGAAAAAAGCCUAAGCUUUGUGUGUUUCACCUGCUCAGGCAAUGCGCAUUGGUUUGCCCGCAGCAGAGACACUACAGGGUGGAUCCUUAAAAGCUUUACUUUUGACAGUGCUCCUGAGCGUGUUUAUGUUCCAGCUGCUGAGGACCGUCGGACUGAGGGCCUUCUCCAUGGCAUCUGAGACGUACACAUCAGGCACACACUCUGCUGCCUUUGUCACCUGUCCUAAUGACACAGUUGCUAGAGAUUUAGCCAGGGGUAUUGUGGAAAAGAAGCUAGCAGCUUGUGUCAACAUUGUCCCAGCGAUCAAAUCUAUAUAUGAAUGGCAGGGGAAGAUUGAGGAGGACAAUGAGGUGCUUCUGAUGAUCAAAACAAGAAGUUCCAAGGUACCCGCUCUUGCUGAAUAUGUCCGCUCUAACCAUCCCUAUGAGGUGGCUGAGGUCAUCAGCCUGCCUAUUGACCAGGGUAACCCGCCUUACCUUAAGUGGAUUGGAGACAUUGUUCCUGAGUAAAGGUGGACAGUUAGAUGAGUGGAAGAAUUUGGGGAUAAUUGAUGGAUGUAAAAAAUUUAUAUAAUAAAAAAGUUCAUUCUUUUCAAACACACCCCCAUUGCAAAAAAAAAAACCUGUCCAGAUUUGUAAUUAUUAUUACAAACUGCAUUAAACGUUGGGAUAAAAAACAUGUUCUGAUAUAUUUGCAAUGCUUCUUUCUCCCAGCAGUGAGCUGAGGCUUGUGAAUAACUGCCUUCCCUCUAUUAUGUGGACCUCUAGAGGGCAGCAAUGUUUUGUCCUUUUUCAAAGUUAAACUGGUGCAGAAUUUAACUUUAUCUCGGUGAACCCUGAAAUGUGUAACGUGAACAGACAUCUGUUACAUCUGUUAUGUCUUUAAUGAAUUUUGCAUUGUGAAAUAAAGCCAACUGUUUUUCA